AUGGAAUCAGACCUAUCUAGCAUGCCUCCUUAUGCCUCAUCGCCCUUUGACGACCCCGAAGCAGACGUUAUCCUCCGUUCAUCCGACCGUAUUGACUUUCGAGUCUCUAGGUUCAUCCUCAGAGUCUCCUCGGACUUCUUUGCCACUAUGUUCGUGGCCGGCCAGGCCGAGAACGAGGAGAAUCGAGACGGCUGUCCGAUCGUCCCGAUGCAUGAGGAUAGCGAGACUCUGGACAGUCUCUUGCGCAUCAUAUAUCCCAGGAAGGCUCCCAUACUCGACGAUCUUGCAAAGAUUCACGCCGUCUUGGCGGCGGCGCUCAAGUUUGACAUGGAGAAGCCGAUUGAUGUCGUGGGGGCGACUCUGUGCUCCUUCAUACCGAAUGAACCCCUUCGUGUCUGGGCGAUCGCCGUUCGUAACAGACUGGAGCCAGAAGCACGCGCUGCCGCCGACGAGAUCGUUUGUCAGGUCGACCUAUCUGUCUUCAACUUCCCGCCCGAAAUGCAGCAUAUCAGCGCCGGGGCGUACUACCGCCUUUUGCGAUACCGGCGCCUGGAAGGCAAGGUAGAGCAAGAAUUCAAGUUCUCCGAGCCCCCCUUGUCGCCCCGACCCACCGACUCUCCCAUCUCAUCGAUCUCUUCGGAUUAUCCACAUUUCAUUUCGCCCAGUCAUAGUCGUAUCCUGUCUCUCGCGGACAUCCUGUGUCGCUCAUCAGAUGGCCAGGAAUUCCUCGCGCACAAGGCGUUCCUCGCGCUAGCAUCUCCCAUCAUGGACGCGAUGAUAACCAGCCUACCUGCGCCAGCCAGUGGAGGCAGUGACUGCACGGCCGACAAGGCGGGACAUCUUCCGGUUCUUUCGUUCGAGGAAGACGGUAUGACGUUGAGGGUCAUCCUCGGGUUGUGUUAUCUGGCACUCUCGAAGGGAGGCGCUGACAGCGACUCGCAGGAGCUUCUGGUGCAGCAGAAGGUCAUCGUUUCUGCAACGAAGUAUGAGAUGGACGAUGCGAUGGAGGGCCUGCGCCACCAAUGGUCGCGUCUCUCCUCGUCAGAUCCCUUGCGAGCGUACUUGCUCGCAGCGAACCACAGGUCAGACGCGGAGGCACGACAGGCGGCAAGGCGGCUCCUCGACCGGUCUAUGAGCGACUACUAUGUAGCGGCGCUGGAAGAAUCUCCAGCUCUGACUUAUCCAUCUACCAGUCCCUCUGGCAACACCGAUUACGGCAAACAACCCCUCACCAAUACCAAAAGACUCGGAGGCAAAAAGAAGGGGAAGAAACCAUAUUACAGCUCAGACUCUGAACUGGAGGAAAUACGUCAACCGCCCGCCGAGCAACGCACCGACGCUUUGAAGCCAUUCCUCCACAACCUCGAAAACGACUGGGGUAUAGCACUAGUCAACCAGAUAUGUGCUGUAGAGUCAUGCGCUCCGCCGGACGACAAAGUCCGACUCGGAUUGCUGGGUCCGUACAAGAGGCUGCGUGAUAAGCUCUCGGAAGAUAUCACGAAGGCAUACACGGAAUGCAUAGGCCUGCGAUCGCAGGAUGGGACGCCGGAAACCGUGUAG